AUGCUAUCGCAUGCGCUAUUUCUACUGGCUGUUACGAUAACAGCCAUUAGCGCAGAUGAUGAACUUGAAUUCCAUCACCCAAGACGUCACAAACAUCGUGGUCCCCACUCUGAACUUCCCGGACCACAAGGGCUAAAGGAGCACCAUCAUAAUGGACCUCAUCCGCUCGGUUCCCAUGUCUCUCGUCAUUUAGAAAAUUCUGAGCUCUUGAAGCAGCUCUUACAGCUCUCGCCCGAAGAACUAAGAAAAAGAGUAAUACCAAGGCCAGGAAAAACUCUUAUAAGAGUAUCGGACGAAGAAGAUGGUACAUAUCCAAGGGCACCGUGGCUAGAUGUGAAACGAAGAAAGAUGAUUGAAGGCGGAGACACCAUCGCAUUAGGAAAAGAGAAAAAGACAAAGGAAUCCAAAAAAUGGAAACCUUCGCAAGCGAAGCAAGGCGAAGUUGUGGUGUAAUAAGAUUCUUCAUCUGCAGCAGACGGAUGGAAAUGAGGAGUUACAA